GGCAGUAGUGGUGUAAAUACAUGUCGAAUCACCUACGUGUCUCCCCAACUUUUGUAAAUAUUAACAAUGCCAAUGGUGAAUAGGAGACAGCACUCAACUUCCCACUAGAUAUUAUCACUGUUAUUAAUGACAAAUUGGUGAGGAUUCGGGGUUUAACUUACGAUUGCGGCGUUCUUGCACGAGGUCUGGAAGAGGGUGUCAAGCUUUCACCAACUUUCAGGUUUCUAUUUUCUACAAAUCGUUGACAGUAUUCUCUAUUGUGAUAAACUAUGGCGUGGUUGUCUGAUCUCGCUGGCAAGGCUGAAACUUUGCUCAAUAAGAUUGAUCAGAAUACAGCGGCUGUUUUGAGUAAGGAUAAUUAUGACCCGGAGCAGGAUCAGCUGAUUAACGUCACUUCAGUUGAUCCUUAUGACAGUUCCCAAUCGAACGACCCUGAGGCAGGGACACCCACUCGUUUCGCUCGCUUCAUCACCACUCCCCAAGGGACUCCAAAAAAGCGGCAGCUCCAGAACCAAGAGGACCUAACGACAUACCUGAGCAGCCUCUCGUCAGCCUCAACGAGACAAACGAAUGGAGCACUGCUCCUCCCUCCGCCGACCCCCUCGUCGCUGUCAGUGGAGACAUCAGACCCGAAGGACUCAUUAUCAGAGUAUUCCCACAGCGGGCGAUCGUCCCCAGAUCUCUCCCACACCCUGAUCGACCUCCCGAAUCCAGACCCAUCGUCCUCAGACCCAGUGGCCGAGAAUCAUCUGCUGAGAAGAGAAAUCGAGAGCCUGAAGAAUGAACUCCUGGUGUCCAUGCACGUCGAGAGGUCCAUAGAGAGUGAGCAGAGUGAGAUGUACGGUAAACUGGAGACACUGAGACAGGAGUACGAGUACAAAAUGAAUCAGCAGAGACAGCAGAUCGAGCACUUGACGAAGAUGUCGAAGAGUUUCGAGAGGAAGCAGUCAAAGUCUGGGCGAAAGAACCUCGAGCAGCAGAACGAGUUCCUGAGCAGACAGCACACUGACAAUCAGAAGGAGAUUGAAGUGCUGAGGGAGAAGAUGGACAAACUGGAGGUGGAGAAUGGUCAGUAUGUGAAGCAGAUCUGCGAUCUGAAGGGGGUUUUGGAGAGGAACAGGCUGGACUUGCUGUCCACUAGGCAGGAGCUGGAGCAGCAUCGGGCGAGGGCCAUCAAAACCCUCCAGGAGAAGGAGAAACUCAUCGCUGAACUGAGGGAGAACAAAUCAGACGCUGGGGUGGACAAUGCUGCAACGAACAUGGAGUUGAAGCAGUUGAGACAAGAGUGCAAUGCUCUCAGACACGAGAAUCAACAGGUCGGCGAGCAGUUGAGGAUUGCAAGGGAGGAGCUUGUCACUGCUGAUCUGAAAAUCGAGGAGAUGAGCAGGAAGUUUGGGGUUUCCAGCAGGGAGAUGCAGGAGAUUAUCUCCGGGGAGAAGAGGAAGAGGGUCGAGGCUGAGGAGGAUGCCAGGGCGCAGAUGGAGGAGGUCAGGGCUGUUAAGGACGAGUUGGCUUCACAGGCUGGCAUUUGGGCGACGAAGGUGAGGAAACAGGAUACGGAAAUCUCGAGGCUUCGGUCGCAAUUGGCUGCUGUGUCGACACCUUCCAGCGCUGUUGAGACGAGAUUGGCUACUUUGACGCAGACUCUUGUCGCGAAACAGAAUGAACUUGAGGGGCUGACUACCGAGAAGAAUGCGCUGAGAUUGCAGUUGGAGAAGGCGGAGCACGAGUACAGAAAACUCUUGGGAAAUUCAAGAAAACCAUACAACGUCAACGAUACUGAUGACGCCAAAGCCCAAGUGCCAACAUUCCUAAUGGAAACUCCAUUCGAUACAACAAUGGCUCGAAAAGUUAAACGAGCUUACUCGUCAUUGGAUGCAAUCAGUGUGAGAACCGGAGUCUUCCUCAGACGAUAUCCACUGGCACGGAUAUUCGUUAUAAUCUAUAUCGCUCUCCUCCAAUUCUGGGUGUUCCUGGUUCUCCUCUCCCAGUCCCCAGAGGCUCACUAAUCAGAACCAGUAUCUAUAAAUAAACUGUUAAUUGAAGUUUGUAAUAAAAAACGAAGAUAUUUUAA